GGUUUAGAAGAACUUUGCUAAGUUGUUCUUGUCCUUUAAAAAAAAUUAUUGUGUACACAAUAUUGGCCCUGUCAUCGACAAAGAAAAUAUCUAAUCGCAAUUGCCGGUGGCUUCAUGCUUUGUUCAUUCCUUUUAAAUUCCUCCUACCUUUCGCAUCUUGUUGACAUUGUAAUAACACUUUGAAACCCUUUCAUUUUCUGGUGUAGCAAACUCGAAAUGUUGAUCCUUCCAUUAAAAAUCAGACUUAUGCUUGCUGCUAUAUGUUUCCCUGCAGAUGCAUUCUGCAGCUCUGACGCUACAGCCAUCAACCGAUUUUUUACGAAAUUUUUCGACCCCAAAGCCUCUCCUUCAACUUCAAAAAAACCUGAUAAUGGCAUCGUCUCUUCUGACAUCAUGGUUGAUAGCACCCGCAAACUUUGGUUCCGCCUAUACACCAACACCGCCGCUGCUGAUGGUUCCACCACCCCCGUCAUAGUCUACUUCCAUGGCGGGGGUUUUACGUUGAUGGCGGCCAAUUCAAUGAUGUACGAUGACUUAUGCAAGCGACUUGCGCGUGAAGUUCCUGCUAUUGUCGUCUCCGUGAACUACCGGCUCUCGCCUGAACAUCGAUACCCGUCGCAGUAUGAAGAUGGUUUUGACGUUUUGAAGUUCAUUGAUAACCCAAAGUUUGAAGGGUUUCUAGCUUCUUCUGCCAAUAUCAAGAAGCAAUUCUUUGUUGCUGGAGACAGUGCGGGUGGCAACCUGGCGCAUCAUGUGGCCCUCAAGGCUUGCGAGCAU